AUGUCAGGUACGGCUCGCAGUACCACGGUCUGGGAUGUAGCUGCUCUUCGCGUAUCCUCCCUCAACGGCACCGACCCUACGCCGAGCUAUGCUCGUGUGUCGUCUCUGAAAGAUACAUUUGGCACACGUGCGAUGCCGAUCAAUCUUGGCACCCCAGAGGACUUGGGCCUACCUACGUCGCUGGCUGCCGAGAUGGGCCCCAACGUACCUGCCCCAUCGAGUCAGAUUACGCAACGGAAUCGUCGAGAUGCCUUGGACAACGCGGAUACCGCCUUGGUACUCCGGCAAGAUACUCUGGCACCCAUCACUCAUGACCUGGAAGGUUUAUCCUAUGCCACUAUCCAGCUUCGGCGCCAGCGACGCGUCGUAGGCGGGACUAUUGAACGACAAUCGCCCUACUGGAUACCUUCUCAGGCUCUCGAGCGCCAAGACCCGCUCAUUCCCUCCAUACGUACAGACGGCCCCUCUCGUGCGCGAAUCCCAUUGUACGGCGCGGAGAUGGAACGUAGCAUGGCGAAACUCCUUCGAGGCACGCUGAAAGUCCGGCCAAAUCGCCCGCCUGCAUCAAACGACGACGAGGAAGAGCUAGCAGAGGACUCUUUGGCCACGCCAGAAGCAAGGCAAGCUACGCUGCGGCGCCUGGCCAUGCAAGUCCUGCCUGUUAGUGCACAAUGGACAGAAGAGAGCGAGCGUGAUUAUAUCGCAGGCGAGUAUGGCUGGAUCUAUGCCCCAGAACGAGAUUCCCGACUACCUGCCAGCUCCUUUUUGCAAGCUUUGCAUUACUAUGCAGCACAGCUGUAUCAAGCACACAGCCUUCUCUCUCCAGCCUUGCCGGAAGCAUGCCCCAGCGAUCAAAGUCCCGAGGCGUGUAUAGCACUUCGCGAUGCUGUAUAUGUGCCUGAUGUGAGCAUGACGGCGGAUUCGGAGCUAUUUGCGUACUGGGCUCGGCAUUCCAUGGGGUGGUCUCGUUCCAUGGCGUUGCAUUUCGAUGCCAGUGCCCUUGUGGCUCUUGGCACAUUGGUACAGCGCCAUAUUGCUGCUGUACCCUCGUCACCGAUCACAUCGACGCGGCCGCCACAAAAACGAUCACUGUACGCAGCAUGGGCAAAAGAACGGCGUCGGCCGCCCAAACGACGUAGACGUGAGGCCGAUGUGGAUGCCUACUGCGCACAGUUCAAGGAGGCAGCAUCGGGGGAGGCGAGGCCGGCGCCGCCUACGGCGUCUGUGUCAUGGGUCAAUCGACAUUGGUAUUUAUAA